AAUCAAAAUGGAGGCGUGAAGAAUCAAAGAAUGCAAUGAAGACGGUUCUUUAUGUUUUUACUUUUUGUGCCUGUGCUCGUACUUCAAAACCAUCAUGUUGCCUUAUUAUUUAGUUGUUAUUACAAUUUAAAUUAAAGUAGUCCUUAAUCUUGAUCAUAGAAUUUAAAUUAGAUUGUAGGCCUACUGUCAUCCUCGAAAUGGAAGUAUAACUUAUCGAAAGUGCUGUAUUCAAAGGUGGCCAAACAGGAGUUAGCCUACCUAGUGCGUAAGCACAAAUUUUAUUGUUUUUCGUGAUGCCGGAUUCCGCUGAAAAUAAUGUUGCUUGUCGAAUAUGCAUGAACCCUAAAGACCAAUAUGUAUCUUUAUUUUUCAAUGACCUGUCAAGGAAAGUUAUGGAACUAGCUGAUGUUCAGGUUGAGAAAGAAGAUGGUUUGCCUGAAAAUAUUUGUGCAGAAUGUGAAAAAGAACUUGAAAAGUGCUACGAGUUUCGACUUAAAGUGCAAGUUGCGGAUAAGAAAUUUCGAAAGUGCUUAGGCCUCAAAUUUGCUCAGGUUGACUUAGAAGAACACAAAAUCAAAGAGGAAAAUUACAUUAACGAGGAUAGUUCUGAUAAUGAAGAUGACACACACUCUGUUUGUAUGGACGAAGAGAAUGAACAUGAACCUGAAGACUCCCAGAGGAUAAGCGAAGAAACUGAAGAGGCCACACCUGAUCCACUAAACCACGUUCAAGUUGUUCAAGAAAACGAGAAAGCUGUUGAAAUGGCUGAGGAUCCUAUUGCCCACACAGACCUUAUGGUCAAACAGCCACAAAUAACGCUGCCAAAAAUUGAAGAAGUGUCCGUGGAUCAAUUUGCAUGUAUGAAGCAAGAAAGCGAGGUUGAUAUAAUGGAUAUUGAUUGUAAUCAACCUGAUCCCUUUGGACCUUCUUCAUCGGUCAGAUCCGUUCAACGACAAAAACCAAUGUCUAUCUUAAUGUCAACAUCAACUGAAGAAGCUCAGACAAAGAAUCAGAAGGAACCAAUUCGACGAUCUUCAAGAACCAGCACAAGGGAUCAGCAAAUAGGAUUUGCUGGGAACCAAAAAGUCUUAUCAGACUUAUCACUACAAGGUAGUAAAGCUGAUGGUAAACCUACGAAGGAGAAUAAGGAAGAGACGGAUCAAGGUUUCGUGUUGAUUCCACAUCAGUUGGGAUUCGACGCUGGAUUGUUAGUUCCAUUUACGGAUGAUCCUAAUAGCCCAGCAUCAAAAAAUGAUGCCAAUUUGGUUGGCAAGAAGAACAGAGGUCCCCGAAACCUUGAAGACAAACCUGUAAAAGAGCCUAUAAGCACAAAAUCCUUGAAAUCUUCAUCCCCUCCCCAAUCAUCCAAUGCAGAAGUAGAAGCCGAAGAAGAAUGUUUUUGCCCAGUGUGCAAUAUAGAUUUUGGCUUCCCAGACAUCCUGGAUGAACAUAAGAAAGGAAAGGAAUUCAUCUGCAGAUCUUGUACCACUAUAUUCAACAACCAUGAAGAACUCGAAGCUCAUUUUGUCAGCCAUCGUAAGUUCAUUUGUAAGGUGUGCAAAAAGGUUUUUCACGUCAAGUCGGACCUUAUAAGGCACAAGGGCACAGUGCAGGGUUGUAAAAGGCCAGAAAUGCUGAAAUGUAAAUAUUGCCAUAACAGAUUCGUGCAUGAAAGCAACCUUGAAUCCCAUAUGAAAACUAAACACCCUAACGCAGAGUCCCGUCCUUUUGCCUGUAAUAUUUGUAACAGUAGUUUUAAGAUUCGUGGCACCUUCAGAGAUCAUUUAAAAGCAUGUCACACGGUUUAUGAGAGUAUGGAAUGUGACAUUUGUCACAAGAUUUUACCAGGGCCUUCUAGUUUGAAAACACACGUAAAAAGUACACAUAUUCAAUCUGUGUCUGAAGUUUGCGAGAUAUGCAACAAAGUCAUGGCGAGCAAGACGGCUUUCAAAUUGCACAUGGAGACUCACAACGGGGAGGAAAAGGUUUGCUACAUCUGCGGAGCCGUGAUCAAGGGGAAAACGACGUUCAAGCAGCACAUUUAUUACCACGAAAACCGACGACACUCGUGUAGCUUUUGCAACAUAGUGUUCAACACGUUGUUGGAGAAAAACCGACACUACAGGGAGAAGCAUGUUGCGCCAAAACCUGCGAUUUGUGAAAUAUGCGGGAAAGAAUUCAAGGCGAGGGAGAUAUUGAAGAAUCAUAUGAUGACACAUUCUGAUGAGAAACCUUACGUUUGUAGUCUUUGUGGCGCCGCUUUCAAAAGCAAAACAGUUCUCAAAACUCACAGUAGAGUGCACAGUGAUUUGAGGAAAUACUCUUGUAAAAAUUGUGGAGAGGCAUUCAGGUGGAAACAGACUUUUGACAAACAUAUUGUGAAGUGCGGGUCCUCGCAGAAUGAGGCUGGAACACGAAUCAAUUGA